AUGAUAGCAUCAUUGAAUAAAACCGUGAGACCAACGUACGAAAAAAAAACAAAUCGAUUCAGUGAAGAGGCUAAAGGUUUUGAUGAGGAAGAAAAGGAGGAAGGAGAAAUUGAUCCUAAUAUAGACGAUGUGGAUACAAUGCAGAAUGAGGAGCUGUGGAAUUCACAAGAUUAUGAUGGAAGGCAGAGUCAUUACGCUGACGUUCUUUCCUGUUGCAAUGGUGUUUUGCGGGUCGACAAUGAUGGUGAAACGUUUGACUUUGAAGCGAAGGAAAGUAACAACGGACAUUCUAGCCUCAAAAGAAGAUCUGCUUUUCAUAAGGCUGAACAAGGCGUUAAUGAUAGCACUAAGGAAGCGGAAGAUGACAUCGAUUUCGACGAUAUUGAAGGCAAUGAGGAGAACAAAGGAACUGUUGAUGAAGACCAGGAAAACUUGGAGGAUUUGGAAGGUACCAUUGUUAAAGAUCAUAAUAGCAGUGAUAAUGCUAACGAUAUUGGCGAGGACAAAAGAAGGCGUGGCAGCGAUGAGGAUGCGGAUGAUGUUGACGACGGAGAAAAAGACUAUUACUAA